AUGGAACAUAAACGGGACUCUUUCUUCUUGAACAAGAAUAAAGGCAACAGAAAUGGCUUCGAUAAGAAAAAUGAAAAGAAGGGUGGUUUCAAUAAUAAACCUGAACAUAAAGGUUUUAAUAAGAAAAAAGAAUUUAACAACAAGCGACAAGAGCAGUUUGAUAAGGGCCGUGGCAUAGAAGAAGAUUCAAAUAAAGAUGGUGAAAAGAAGCCAUUCGAUAAAAAGACCUACCGUCUAAAGAAGUACAGUAAGAAAUACAAGUUGGACCAAUGGGAAGAGCAACGGAAGAAGAAAUUACUACGAGAAUACCAGAAGGAUCUGAAAAAUGAUGCAUUAGUUGGUUCUUAUAAACCAAAAGGUUUUGACGAAGAUACCACUGACUCUGCUGAAGUAGGAAGAUUUGUUAGACAUCCAGACCUAAUGGAUAAAGUCAACGAAGAAAAAAACCCAAAGUUCACAAAAAAGGACCCAUUUCAAAGGGCCAAAGAACAGUUCAACAAGGUCAAAGAAGAAAAAGCGCAGAAGCAGCAGGACAUAGAAAAUGCUAAAGAAGAAAAGAAACAGAAGUUGCAUGAAUAUAAAAAGAAAAAGCAAGAGAGAUUUAAGAAGUUGAGCCGAAAAACUAAAAAAGGUCAGCCAGUUAUGACUGGACGAUUGGAGUUGCUUUUGGAAAAAAUACAGAAAAAUUAG